AUGGCUCCUGAGAACCAGUCAGUUGUGACCAUGUUCAUCCUACAAAGCUUCAUGGAUGACCCCUGGAUCCAGGAUGCCCUUUUCUGCUUCUUCUUUACCUUGUUCAUGGUGGCCAUAGUUGGCAAUGGCCUGAUUAUCACAACCAUCCACAGAAGUCCCAGCCUCCACACACCCAUGUAUUUCUUCCUAGUUAACCUUGCCCUGAUGGAUGUGAUCUGCACUGUGACUGUCCUACCCAAGGUCCUGCAGAGCCUGGUGACGGAGAACACCAUAUCUUAUGGGGGAUGUCUCAUACAGAUGUUCAUCUUCACCUGGGUCCUGAGCUCUGAGCUUCUGCUCUUCUCUGCCAUGGCCUAUGACCGCUAUCUUGCAAUCUGCCAGCCAUUGCACUAUGGAACCCUCAUGAGUAACAGUGUCUGUGUGGCCCUUGCAACCUUUGUGUGGUUUACAGGGGCUCUCAAUGCCUUGGUGCUCACUUGUCUAGUGUUGCCACUGUCCUUCUGUGGCCCCAAUCUCAUCAAACACUUUUUCUGUGAGAUCCCUUCUGUGCUCGUGCUGUCCUGUACCCCAACCUUUAUCAAUGACAUCAUGACUGUCAUUGCAGAUAUGUUUUUGUCUGGCUUGAACUUUCUCUUGACCAUGACGUCCUAUGGCUUCAUCAUCGCCAGCAUCCUGCGCAUCCGCUCAGCUGAAGGCAAGAAGCGUGCCUUUUCCACCUGCUCUGCCCACCUGAUUGUGGUCACCCUUUAUUAUUCCACGGUGCUAUAUACUUAUGUCAGGCCAGCCCUAGGAACUGCUGGUGUGCUGGACAAGGUCAUUGCUGUUCUGUACACUACUGUGACUCCAACUUUGAACCCCCUGAUUUAUACCUUGAGAAACAAGGAAUUCAAAACAUCUUUUAAAAAACUUCAGUUUCGAUAUUGA